AUGCCUUCGACCCGCGCGUGGCUCGCCCUCACCGCCGCGCUCGUGCUCGCGGCGCCCCUCGGCGCCCUCGCCGACCCGCAACGACAACCGCCGGCGGCACCGAGGUCGAGCUUCACCAACUUUGACAUACUGAAGCAGCUCGUGAAGGACCAUCACGCGCAGACGGGAAAGACCGUGCAGGCGCGCCGCGGCGCCGGCGUCGUGAGCCGUCUCGGUAGUUUCCUCGACGCCAACGCCGUGGGCCGGCGUCGUAGGCUCCUCGGCGGCGCCCCGCCCGACGCCGCCGCGCAGGCUGCCUCGAGCCCACAACCGCCCCCGAGCCCCCCGCCGCCGAGCCCGCCCCCUCGCGGCACCCCGCUCCUCGACCAGCUCGCGCAGCUGCUCGACAGGAACGCGAGCGCUCCCAUCUUCCCGCAAGCGGGUCCGGGACUCGGGCUGGACACACUGCUCAACCCGCCGAACCUGACGGCACUCCUGGCGCCGUUGUCCGCGCAAGGAGGCUUGCUGCAGCCCUUCUCCGGACCGCCGCAGCUGCCGGACGGGCCCAUCCGCGAGCAACUCGCGGCGCUCCUCGGCAACCUCACCGACCCCUCCGUCUUCCCGCAAGCCGGACCGGGACUCGACGCCCUCCUCACCCCGCCGAACUGGACCGAUAUCCUCGGACCACUGGCGGCGACGACCCCGAUCCGGCCAUUCUCGGGCCUCCCGCAACUCCCGGAGGGACCCAUCGGCGAGCAACUCGCGGCGCUCCUCGGCAACCUCACCAACCCCUCCGUCUUCCCCCAGAGCGGCCCGAACCCCCCACUCGGCGGCGGCGGACUGCUCAACCCCCCGAACUGGACCGAGCUCGCCAAUCUGAUCGUUCAGCCCUUCGCCGGCCCGAACCCGACCGGUUUGAUUGGUUCGCCGCCAAAUUGGACCCAAAUUUUGGAGCCGUUCCGAGGCGCCGGCUCGACGAUUCCCGACGGCGGCGGCGGCGGCGCGAUGGACGGGGCGAUCCGGAACCAGCUGCUCGCGCUCCUCGGUAACGCGCUGGCCGGCGGCGGCGGGGACGCCGGGGUCUUCCCGAUGAUCGGCGGCGGGGACGCCGGUGUCUUUCCGAUGAGCGCGGGGAACUGGCUUCAGCUGGUCACCGCCGCCGCCACCGGUAACUCGCAACAGCUGUUCUCCACCCUGGCCGGCAAUGCCGUCCGCAACCAGCUGUUGGGGCUGCUCGGCGGCGCCCUCGGCGGCGACGGGGCCGGCGCUGGCGGCGGCGUGUUCGCGCAGAGCGGACCGGGAUCGUCCAUCUUCCCGUCGACCGACGCGGGGUCCCUCUUAGACGUUUGGGGGUCCCUCUCUGACGGUUUGGGCGGGGGCGACGCGUCGGGCAUCGCCAACGUCCUCCCGCUCCUCGUCGCGGCCGUCGCCGGCGCCACCGGGGGUGACGGCGCCGUCCUCGCGCAGAGCGGCGACGGCGCCGCCCCUCCCCCAGCCUGGCUGAACUCCGACUGGACCCUGAACCUCCCUCAGUGGCCCGCCCCCGCCGACGCGGACUCGGGUGACGGUCUUCGCGAACGGCUCGCGUCGCUGUUCACCCCCGACGAAGACGCCGGCGCGCCCGCCUUCGGGUCCCCACUCUUCGACGGGUCCCUCUUCGCGCAGAGCGGCGAGGGCGACCGAGCGCCGCCCGCGUGGCUCGACCCCGACUGGAGCCUCCUCGGAAGCCCGGCCGCCAGCCCGGGGACCGCCCUCGCCGCCGACGCCUUCCUGACGCAGCUCCUGGACUACUACUCGGGCGCCGCAAACGGCGGCGGGGUGGCCGCGCAGAGCGGCGAGGAAGGCGCCCUCGCGCCUCCCCCGUUCGACGCGACGCGACCCGCGGGGGGCGACGGGUGGUUCGUCUCAGACUGGACCCUGCUGGGACGGCUCGCGGCGCUGGCCAAUGAAAACGAAGCAAGCGGAGGUAGCGCUGAGGAAGCGGCGGGCGAGGCGUCCGGGGGCGCGCUUCGAUCGUACCUCGCGGGGCUCUGGGAGGAUACCUGGUUCAGCCAGAUCUUAACCUCGGUGAUGCGAAGGCGGGCGGACGCGCAGCAACCCCCGAGCCCUCCCCCUUCCCUCUCUGGUGGGGCGCCUUCACCCCCCGGGCCUUCACCCCGCGGCCCCGUCGCCGCCGUGCCCACGUACCCGCCGUCUUACCCGGAGGGUCCCCCGAGGCCGCCGUUCCCUGACUCGGCGACGACCGCGUCGUUCGGGGGCCCGCCGAGCGGCUCCGUUGGGUCCCACAUCGACUCCAUCGUCGCCAACCUGCGAAACCCCGACGGGAGCAUCGACCCGGCCACCGUGUCCGACGUAGCCGCGGUGUUGGCGACGCUCGCGGGGGUUAACCUGACGGAUGCAGACUUCGACAACGCGGUGGCCAUCGCCGUCGCCGCGGGUCUCGCGGGGAUGCGCGAAGGAUCCGAUCAUCAAACGGGAUCAAACGACGCGAACGACCAUCACCACCACGAGCACCGGGAGGGACACUUCAACGCCACCGGCGGAGUCCAGAGGUACCGCGACAUGUUCGGCACCGCGCUUCGCGCCGCCGGGGACUUUGUCGAGGAGUCGUUCGCGUCGGCGAAUUCAGGCGCCGACGCCGACGGUUCCGUCGGCGGUAAGGACUCCGCCGAGGUGGAAUCCCUCGUCGCCGCGGCGAUCAAGGUGGCGGAGGAGAACGCCGCGCAUUUCAUCGACCUCGGCGUCGGCGCCGAGGGUGCCGAGGGUGCCGAGGGUGCCGAGGGUGCCGACUCCGGCGAGGCGGUCGACGUCGACACCGCGAUCGAGCUCCUGGACAGGGUGCAGGGCGUGCUCGCCGCGGCUCGCGGGGAUUUCCACGCCGCGCUGGACCAAUCGCAGCAGGGCGCCGGGGUUAAAGCCCCCGGGGCGCCGGACGGGUACCUCACCGCGGCGCAGCUGCUGACGCUCAUGGGCGGGAUGGGGCCCCGCGGCGGUGGGGGGCUGGCUAGCGGGCUCCCCGUCGACGAGAACGUCGGGGACCCGACCGUCCCCGGGACCAAGUUUCCGUUCAACGCCACCGACAACACCGAGGAACUCGGCAACAUCGCGGACAAGGUGGCCGAGGACCCGCUGGGGUACCUCAACGGACUCAUCGACGAUCUCAUCAACCCGAACCGGGACGGGGCCGACGGAGGCGGCGACGCGAUGGUCGGCGCGCAGUCGGGCCCCGACGACGACGCGGUCCGGACCGAUCCCCCGGCCGUCGACGUGUCCGACACCGUGUCCGACACCGUGUCCGACGACGGGUCCCCGGCUGCUAAAUUUUUCGAAAAGACCGAGACGCAAGUCGCGAUCCCGGUCGCCGCCGUCGUCCUCGCGGGCGGGAUCUUCGCGGCGUACACCUCCGGCCUCUCGGGCAGGCUGUUCGGCCGCGGCGCGUCCGGCGCCGAGGGCUCCGGAAACGCCGGAAACGGGCGGAUGUUUGACGCCGCCGGGGAAGCGGAUGGAGCGACCGGAGCGUCCACCGCGGUCAGCGCCGGCGGCGGUCGCAUCGUCCGUCGCACGUCCACGUCGACAAAGAUCGAGAUGUCCGGGUCGACGGCGUCGUCAAACGGCGGCGGCGGCGGCGGACUCGCGUCCGUGCGGCGCGGGUUCAGGGACCUGACGAGUCGCGCGGGGAGGAGCGCCGCAGAGGCGAGGCCGAUUCGAGGCGAGAAGGGGGCGGCGUGA